AUGGUCCAAUCACACCCAACAACAAACACAACAACAACGUCGGAUGCAGGAACAGCAUGGCUGUCGAACAAGUAUGCGAAAUGCAUCGACGAGGCCAUUGAGACUGCCUCACAAGAGCUCCGCUCCCUCAGCCUCAAGAUCCACGAGAAUCCAGAGCUGGGGUUGAAGGAGUUCAAGGCCUACACAUGGUUGACAGAGUACCUCUCCUCGAAAGGGUUCACGAUUGGAAAGAGUGCCGCCCCAGAGCUCAAGACGGCGUUCAUUGCACAUGGACUGGCGGCAGCGUUGGGUUUGCAGGCGGUGAUCCGCCAAUUCAACCUACCAGCACAGAUCAAGCUCUUUGGCACCCCCUCUGAAGAACAAGACUAUGGAAAAGUCACCAUGCUUAACGCCGGAGACUUUGAGGGCGUCGACGUCUGCAUGAUGCUUCACGGCGCCAAUGCUGACGUGAUUUACACCCCGUUCCUAGCACUCGAAAAGGCCACAGUAGAGUUCUUUGGCAAGGCCUCGCACGCGUCAACAACCCCCUGGGAAGGGAUCAAUGCCCUGGACGCGGCGAUGCAGGUCUAUACGGGAAUUGCGUUGAUGCGACAGCAGAUGAGGCCUGACCAGCGGGUGCAUGGAAUUAUCGAGGUUGGUGGACAGGCGGCAAAUAUCAUCCCGCAGUAUACAAAGAGUCUUUAUAGGGUGAGGGCACCCAAGGAUGCGCAGGUUCAAGAGUUGAAGAGGAGGGUGAACAAGAUCUUUGAGGCUGCCGCCAAGUCCACGGGCUGUCAAGUCAAGUACCACUGGGAUGGCCACCUCCAAGAUAUUUUGACGAAUGAGCAGUUGGUAGUCAGAUUUGAGAAAUGGAUGAACAGCCAGGGAUUGAAAUACGCAAGCAAGGCCCAACAACAAUCGAAACUCUCUGGCUCGACCGACAUGGGCAACAUCACCCACGCGAUCCCGGGAAUCCAUCCCAUGUUCAACAUUAUCAACCUCGAGGGAAUCGACGCCCCCGGUGGGCUUCAUACGGUCGAAUUUGCAGCAGCAGCAGCUACACCGGUUGCUCAUACCGCGACACUGAGGGCGUCCAAGGCUCUGGCCAUGACAGGUGUUGAGUGUAUUUUGGACCCGGACUUCUUGCGACGCGUCAAGAAGGAGUUUGAGUCACGCGAUGAUUGA